AUGGAAUCCUCUGAAACUGUUGAGGGUGCUGAUGUUGUUAUUCCGUUGACAUCGGUUCAACAAGUCAAUGAUAGGUAUGCUAAUACUUUGUACGGAUAUUUUCUUGGUAAACGGUUGGCUUUUCCGGUGGUCGAUUUUUUCGCUAAAAACAACUGGGUAAAAUAUGGUUUGUCACGGCUAAUGAUGAAUGCAAAUGGGUUCUUUUUCUUUAAGUUUAGUACUAAGGAAGGGAUGAACCGAAUGCUAGAGGAUGGGCCUUGGUUGAUCAGAAACGUUCCGAUAAUCUUGAGAGAAUGGUCGCCUAAUUUAAAGAUGGAAAAAGAGGAUAUUAAGGCUGUUCCGGUUUGGGUCAAGAUGCAUGAUGUGCCAUUAGUGGCUUUUACCGAGGAUGGUCUUAGCUUGGUUGCUUCUAAAAUUGGUAAUCCUAAGAUGUUGGAUUCGUACACUGCCACGAUGUGUGCUGAGUCUUGGGGAAGAAGCAGUUAUGCUAGAGCACUUAUUGAGGUUCAGGCGGAGGCUGAGUUAAAGAAGAGUAUUACUGUUGCAAUUCCAUCCUUGGAUGGUAAUGGUUUUUCAAAGGUAGAGAUCAAAAUUGAGUAUGAUUGGGAGCCUCUUAGAUGCUCCUCUUGCUGUGUGUUUGGUCAUGAUGAUCGCUCAUGCCCAAAGAACCCUCAGGUGACUUCAAGUGGGGAUUCUGGAAAGAAUAAUGAUGAUUUUCAGGAUGUGGGUACUAAGAAAAAAGGAAGUUAA